GCUGCCAGACGCCUGCAGACAGCACGUGAGUUAGAAUUACAAGUAAUUUCAGGUGUGCUACUGUUGUGAUGAUUUCAACCUAAACUGAUGAGGUUGCUUUUGUCACAGAAAGUUACUCAAUUUCUGAUAAGCAUUUACAGACUCACCAGUAUUCCUUUGCGCUGUUUCGUAUUUAUUGAAUGAUAUUUUACUGUUGAGAACUGCAGGUCUUCCAAUGAAUAUCACCGAUCAUAUGAUUUUAUGGAUUUGGAUUCUAACAAGUGUCAAAGCUUCCAUUCUGUACACUGCAGUUGUACGAGGCAAAGUGGCUCUUCCAUGUGACAUCUCAUCCCCCUCCGCCGACGACUCCGCAGCUCUCAUUCUCUGGUACAAAGAUGACUCGGCUCAACCCAUCUAUACCCUGGACGCUAGGCGGGGUAACGUGGAUCAUGCCCACCAGGCUUCCAGCCCUGAGUUGGAGAGUCGUGCUUACUUUAACAUGAUCAACAGGCCAGCAUUUCUUCAGCUGGACCCCGUGAAGGAAGAUGACGCAGGAGAGUAUCGGUGUCGGGUGGACUUCCAUAAAGCACGGACUGUAAACACUGUCAUCACACUGAAAGUUAUUGUUCCAUCUGGAGAACCAGUAAUAACAGAUAGUCAAGGCCAAAAACUCAAAGGUUUGAUUGGACCGGUUAACGAAGGGGACUCUUUAGAACUAACUUGUCAAGUUGCAGGAGGUAAGCCUCGUCCUUCAUUGACAUGGUGGAGAGAGUAUACACUAUUGGAUGAUGACUACAUAUUUAUAUCUGAGGAUGUGGUGAAAAACACGCUGAAAAUAACAGAACUGAAGCGUCACGAUCUUCUGGCAAUCCUAACGUGUCAAGCUUCUAAUAACAACAUUACCGUUCCUUCGUCGUGUGCUGUGACUCUUGACCUAAACGUAAAGCCAGUGGAAGUUAAAAUUCAUCCUUACCAACGACCCUUAUCGGCAGACAGUGAAGUUAAUAUGACUUGCACGUCCAAUGGAUCUCGUCCUGCGGCAAAGAUUACUUGGUGGAAAGGCAAAAAACAAUUGCAGCAUGCUCGAGAAAGUAUAAAUCGGGCAGGAGUCAGCACUAGUAUGCUGACGUUCGUGCCAUCUGUCGACGACAAUGGAAAGUUCUUAACAUGCAGAGCAGAGAACCCUCUUAUUUCUAAUAGUGUCAUAGAAGAUGGGUGGAAAUUGCAAAUUUACUUUCCUCCUCAAGUCGCCCUUCACUUGAAAAAUUUGCCUAUAGCAGGUGAAAUACAAGAAGGAAAUGACGUUUACUUAGAAUGUAGUAUUCGAUCGAAUCCAUGGAUCCACUCCAUCAGUUGGCAGUUCGAAGGAAUGGAUAUUAAGACAAAUCUGGUCUCUGGAAUAAUGAUAACCAAUCAGACGUUAGUCAUCCAAAGCGUUCAGCUGUCUCACAAAGGACAUUUUACCUGUUCAGCGAGCAACGAUGAAGGAUUGGGUGUCAGCAACAAGAUUUAUAUUAAUGUCAAAUAUGCUCCUCAGUGCCAGACAGAACAGAAGACAACCUUUGGGGUCGCCAAGCAAGAGACAGUUCGCGUGAGUUGCAGUCUAGUAGCUGAUCCAGCUGAUGUCACUUUCAGUUGGAUGUUUAACAGUUCCACCAAGCAGUCCGGUGACAUCCGGUACAGCAGUAAUAAGACCCACAGUGUGGCCAUCUAUACACCCAAGACAGACAACGACUACGGCACAAUGCUCUGCUGGGGUAUUAACGACGUCGGUAUUCAACGAAAACCUUGUGUCUUUACUAUACUGCCUGCAGGUGUCUAGAGCGUUUCCUCUAUCUUCGUAUUUUCUUUUAUAGAAAAUAAUGAAAAUCUUUAUGAAAAACAACAACAAAACUUGUCUCUUAAACUAUUAUGCAAGUCUAAAAUUAUUACAUUCAUACUAACGUAAAACGAUUUGAAACAAAAUGACACCUUAAUAGAUUCACACUAGUAAUAUAAUUUAAGUCAAAGUUCUGUUUUACUAGGAUCACAUGGGUAUGAUAACUUAAGACACAACUGUAACUUAAUAGGUUCUUAACGAUGUAAUAACAUCAACGAUUUGCCCAAUAUUACUACGUUCAAACUAGUAAGAUAUGCUAAACGAACAGCCCAGUUUUACCAUGUUCACACUAGUAUGAUAAUUUAAACCAACAUCCCAGUCUUACUGCAUUCACACUAGUAUGAUAAUCUUAACGGACAGACCAGCACAGUAAUCAGGACAGUUUUUCAUACGUUCUAAGUAAUAUAAGAACUCUUCAGUGUAUUGUACCUCGACACAGUUUUAUUUACUUUCCAGUUAAUAUAAUUACAACUCCUCGAGACUAUUUUCAUACUUUCUAGCUAAUAUAAUAAUUCUUCAGAUUAAUCGAGACUAUUUUCAUACUUUCUAGCUAAUAUAAUAAUUCUUCAGAUUAAUCGGGACUAUUUUCAUACUUUCUAGCUAAUAUAAUAAUUCUUCAGAUUAAUCGGGACUGUUUUCAUACUUCCUAGCUAAUAUAAAAUUCUUCAGAUUAAUCGGGACUAUUUUCAUACUUUCUAGCUAAUAUAAUAAUUCUUCAGAUUAAUCGGGACUGUUUUCAUACUUCCUAGCUAAUAUAAAAUUCUUCAGAUUAAUCGGGACUGUUUUCAUACUUCCUAGCUAAU